AUGAAAAUCUUUAAUAUAACUUUUUUGUUAGUUUCUCUUUUAGCAACUAAUAAGGUUAUCGGAUUGGAAUAUCUAGUUAGUCUUAAAAAUGAUGAAACAAUUCAACAUUGCAUGGAAUCAUCAAUUAGUAAAGGGUAUUCGGUUAAAGAAUUCUUUGGUGCCAAAAUUGGGAAGACAUUUUCUAUUGGGAGUUUUAGAGGUUUAACUGUAGAAUUAUCUUCAAGAGAAUUAUUAGAAAAGCUUAAAAUGAAUCCUUUUGUUGCAGAUAUUGUACCCAACAUCCGAGUCAAGGCAUUUGAUGACGAAAAAGGAGUAACCGAUAAUCAAAUUAAUUCUGAUAAUGUUAAUGAAGAAUUGAAGUCUACUAGAGAGGUUCAAAAUUUUGUGAAUCAAAAUUAUUAUAAAGAGAGAUACAAAAAUUAUGAGAUCGAAAAUGAAAGCGGUAAUGAAUACGACGAUGAUGAAUCAGAAAAUAAUAAUAAAGAUGACUAUUAUAGCAAACCUAAAGUAGUUAAAAAACAAUUUGGUGCUCCAAGACAUUUAGCUCGUAUUUCCCGUCGUAGCCAGUUACCAUUUGAUUUUCAAAAUGCAGAAAAAUACAAGGGAUCAUUUAAUUAUUACUAUGAUAAAUGGAAUCAAGGUUCUGAUGUCAGAGUAUACAUUCUAGAUUCUGGGGUUUAUAAUAAUCAAUGUGAAUUUGAAGAUAGAGUAAAAUUUGGCCAUGAUUUUACCGGUGAGGGUCCUGGUGAUGGUAAUGGACAUGGAACACAUGUAGCAGGUAUUGUCGGUUCAAAAACAUUUGGUGUAGCAAAAAAAGUUACUAUAGUUGAUGUUAAGUGUUUAGAUGCUAGAGGUCAAGGAACAUUAAUUACUGUUUUAUCUGCAAUUGAAUUUGCUGUUAAUGACUGUAACAAGCAUCCAAGAAAAAAGUGUGUCGCUAAUUUAAGUCUUGGUGCUCUCAAGAAUACAAUUAUUAAUAAUGCUAUCAGAGCUGCAGUAGAGGAUGGUGUUGUGAUGGUUGUUGCUGCAGGCAAUUUUAAUAUGAAUGCUUGUUGGAGCAGUCCCGCCUCGGCACCUGAAGCUAUUACAGUAGGCGCAUUUGAUGAUCGAAUUGACACUAUUGCUAAAUUUAGUAAUUGGGGACCAUGUGUUGAUAUUUUUGCACCUGGGGUAGGUAUUAUGUCAUUAUCAAACAGAUCAUAUCCAAAAUAUAUUUCAUAUUCUGGUACUUCUAUGGCUUCUCCCAGUGUGUGUGGUAUGGCUGCAUUAUUAUUAGAUAAAGGUCUAGAAAGUAAAGAUAUUAAAAGUAAAUUAAUUGAAAUGGCUACAGAUGAUAUUUUCCAAAAGAGAACAUUAAUAUUUAAACCGAAGACCCCAAAUAGAGUAUUGUUUAGUGGUAUUGAUAAAGAGGACGAUGAAUGUAACAAUAUGAAUUAUCCUCAAUUAGAUUUGGAUGCUUUAAUUGAAGAGUUAAACGAAUAUUCAACUUCUUUUGAUAUCAAAGAGAAAUAUAGUAAAAAUUAUAAUUUACGUCUUGAUAAUGAUGUUUUACUUCCCUUUCAAGAGUCUCAAAUCAAGAAACGGAGUGUAGAUCAAGCUAUUUAA